AUGCAUUCUACAUAUGCCAAGACACGGAAGAAGGAAAUCCGUCUAAGGAACGUGGCGAAGAGCUAUACCUACGGCGGCGACGGUAGCAUCUUGAGGCGCGGUGAUGGCGACAGCAUCUUGAGGCACAUGGAUGGCGGCGACACCCUCGGGGGGCAGAGGCGGAGGACCAACUUGGUUUCGAGGAAGCCAUCAAGCAGGAGGCGCAUAGACCUAGUAGGGAGAGGGCUUGCAUGCACAGGGGGAGAGUGGAAGGCGCACGCACGAAACAGAUUAGAGAGAGAAAGUAGAGAGAGGGAGAUUUUCGUGCCAAGUGAAUGA